UGUUCUGAGCAGAGUCGGGCUGCUACUGCCGCCGCUGUUGCUGCAGCCGCCGCCGCCAGUCUGCGUGCAGGGAAGAGAGCGAGGGAGCGUGUAGUUGAAAAGGGGGAAGUGAAUGAAUCUCUUUGAGGCCAAGAUCCAGCCGCCUGGAAGCUCUCCGAGCAGGUGGAUCGAGCAAAGACAGGAUGGAUUCCGCGGACCUUGGGCGCUCGCUGCAAGCCUCAUUCCGGCUGCUUCUCCGGGUUGAGCCGAUCGUAGCCACCUCCAACUCUUUCCUUCCCCUUUGCUUUUCCGGAGCCAGCCUGCUUGGCUCGACUAACCCCUUUACCUACACCCUGCUUCCCCCGGGAGACGGCCGUCCCAUUUGGGCCUCCUGCCAGCGGGCGGCGGCGGCAGCGGCUUCGGCAGAGAGGAUGGCCCGGGUCCUUGUCACCUCCUCCCUCUUCCUAAGACCUGCGAGACCUUUGCUGCUUCUUUUUCGUAACUGGAGCGGGGACGUUUUGGGAAAAAAGACAUUCUCCUCCUGUCUACUGGAUUACUCCCUCUUUUUAUUUUCCCCUUGAAUCUCGUUUUGGCUGUGGCUCUGCAGAAGGCAACCUUGGCUAAGCAAUCGGAGCCGCGCGUGUGCUGGGAGUGUGUUUGAGGGUGGUUCCCCCCCUUCUUGUUCUCUUGCAGGGUACAAUGUUAAAAAGCCACCGCUAGUCGCCCCCAGUGCUCCUACUCUCUAGGUCUUUUUUGUCUCUAGUGCAGAUUAAACGUCACGUCCGCACUUGAACUUGAAUUUUAUCCCAUUGUACGGAGGCAGACCCAGCCAUAGAGAGAUUGAGCGCUCCCAGGGAACCAGGACUCCGCCAUCUUCACAUUGCAAUAUAUCUCCUAGUAAUAGCCAGAACUCACCCAGAAGCACUGGGGGGCUUCCUUCCUAUCAAGACCUUGUGCCAAGCGAGGGGAGGGGGAAAGCACUGGUAAAAGUGGUGCGAGCAAAGCAAAGCAAAAAAAAAAAAAAAAGCAAAAAAAAAAAAAAGCAACCUCAAACAGUAGCACUUGAACUGGCAAAGAGGAGACACAGUUUGGGCUAUCCCUUUAAAAAAAGCAAAGCAAAAAAGAAUUCUAAUUAACUCAGCAAGGGUAUUUUUGUUGCAUUUUUCUCUGCGUGUGGGCAAAUACCAAUUUUUCUACUUUUGUGCGAGCGUGUGUGCAUAUAAUUCAAUUUUCAUUUCUUUUUCCUUUUUUUUUUUUUAAAGAAAACCCUCCUGAUGGAAGAAGUGCACUUUGCUUUUUUUCCCUUUCUUUUUCUUCUAACCACUCUGGAAAAAUAAAUGUCAGCGCUUGGUGAAGUUCAAGAAAAGAUCUGGAAGCUGUGGAAAAGGAAAACAAAAACCAAACAAUCCAAAAGACAGUUGUCUUGUGAAAAUAAAAGCCAAGCCUUCCCCACUUCAUUUAUGAUGUUUGUUUAAUUGGACGAAGAACCUCAUCCUGAGAACGUCAAGGGGGGAAAGUGCUUCUCUCUUUUGAGUUCUUUAUUUUCUUUUUAAAAGAAGAAAUCCGUCAAGAAGAGCAUAGAAGAAAAGGAGGAGGAAGACGACCGCUCCCCCCUUCCUCCGCUCCCCCCCUACCUAAGUCCAGCUCUCCGGGCGAUGACCGUGUAAAUGCCAGGGCAAUGUCCCGUCGCAAGCAGGGGAACCCGCAGCACUUAUCACAAAGGGAAAUUAUCACGCAGGCUGACCACGUGGACACUGCCAUCAUCACCCAUGAGGAUGAGAACCUAGCACUAGGAGAGCCGGUUGGGCUCAGCAUUGCGUUGAGUGGAACAGACCCUGACCUAUUAACCUGUGGACAGUGUCAGAUGAACUUUCCCCUGGGAGACAUCUUGGUUUUUAUUGAGCACAAGAAGAAACAGUGCCAUGGCGCUGGUGGUGCCUGCUAUGAAAAGAACGUGGAUAAGAGCAGUCCUCCCCCUCCAUCACGCUCCGAGCUCAGGAAAGUGUCAGAGCCAGUGGAAAUCGGGAUCCAAGUCACACCCGAUGAAGAAGACCGUGUUCUCACGCCUACAAAAGGAAUUUGCCCCAAGCAGGAGAACAUUGCAGGGCCGUCCAGGCCUGCAAAGCUGCCGGCGGCCUCCAUAACUGCCUCCUCCCACCCUCAUGCAUCAGUGAUCGCACCGCCACCUCUCCGUGCUCUAACCUCAGUCCCGCCCUGCCUGAGCCUGCCCUGCUGUGGUGCGCGCGCAAUCUCAGUUGGCGGCUCUCAGAGUGAGACAUCAGGCACAUUUGGAUGUCAUUGUCAGUUGUCAGGUAAAGAUGAGCCUUCAAGCUAUAUUUGCACAACAUGCAAGCACCCUUUUAAUAGCGCUUGGUUCUUGCUUCAGCAUGCCCAGAAUACACAUGGAUUCCGCAUCUACUUGGAAACUAGCCCUUCAAACAGCUCCCUUACUCCACGCAUCACCAUCCCUCCUCCUCUGGGACCCGAGACUGUUGCACAGUCCCCGCUGAUGAAUUUCCUAGGCGACAGUAACCCUUUUAGUCUCUUGCGAAUGACAGGUCCCAUCCUGCGUGAUCAUCCUGGCUUUGGUGAGGGUCGGCUUCCUAAUACACCUCCCCUCUUCAGUCCGCCACCUCGUCAUCAUCUGGAUCCACAUCGCCUUAGUGCCGAAGAAAUGGGGUUAGUUGCCCAGCAUCCUAGUGCCUUUGACAGAGUCAUGCGUUUAAACCCCAUGGCAAUUGAGUCGCCAGCGAUGGAUUUCUCCAGAAGGCUUCGAGAACUGGCAGGAAACAAUGCCACCCCACCACCAGUCUCGCCUAGUCGCAGCAACCCUAUGCAUCGCUUAUUGAAUCCUUUCCAGCCAAGCCCUAAAUCUCCUUUUCUGAACACCCCUCCAUUGCCACCAAUGCCUCCAAGCAGCACUACGCCUCCUCAGCCUCAGGCAAAGAGUAAGUCCUGUGAAUUUUGUGGAAAAACCUUCAAGUUUCAGAGCAAUCUCAUUGUCCACCGGCGCAGUCACACAGGAGAGAAGCCCUAUAAAUGCCAACUCUGUGACCAUGCUUGUUCCCAAGCCAGCAAAUUAAAACGCCAUAUGAAAACACAUAUGCACAAAGCUGGAUCCAUGACAGGGAGGUCUGAUGAUGGUUUAUCUGCUACAAGUUCCCCAGAGCCUGGCACAAGUGAACUUACUGGAGAGGGACUAAAGUCUAGUGAGGCAGAUUUCAGGAAUGAGAGUGAUCCUUCUUUAGGCCAAGACAAUGAAGAAGAGGAGGAGGAAGAGGAGGAAGAAGAGGAGCUGGAAAAUGAAAGUCGACCUGAGUCAAGCUUUAGCAUGGAUUCAGAACUAAGCCGUAACCGAGAGAAUGGUUCCAAAUCGCUGCCAGAUGAAAAAUCCCUUGUCCUAGGAAAAGUGAUAGAGAAUGUAAGCCUCGGUACCAUCCAGCAAUACAGUGACAUGCUGGCUGAAAAGCAGAAAAGAGGUGGCUUCAUGAAAAGGUCUUCAGACCAGCGAGAUCUCUGCCCUCGAGACCUUUGCCAGAGAGACACAGGUGAUGAAGACUCAGUAGCUGGAGAACUUGACCGCACUGAGGAAGGGACAGUGAAUGGGAGAAACUUUGGGCCAGGUGAACCUUUCCCAGGGCUAUUCCCUCGCAAGCCUACCCCUAUCACAAGCCCCAAUUUAAACAAUUCCUCGAAAAGAAUAAAGAUAGAAAAAGAUUUGGACUUGCCACCAGCAACAAUAAUACCUUCUGAAAAUGUUUACUCUCAGUGGCUGGUAGGAUAUGCAGCAUCAAGGCACUUCAUGAAGGAUCCAUUUCUAGGAUUCACAGACUCCCGACAAUCCCCCUUUGCAACUUCUUCUGAGCAUUCCUCAGAGAAUGGAAGCCUGCGUUUCUCUACUCCACCAGGUGAUAUGCUGGAUGGUGGUCUCUCAGGGCGCAGUGGGACGGCGAGCGGAGGCAGCACCCCUCAUAUCAGCGGACCCGGUCCCGGUCGACCCAGUUCAAAGGAAGGACGGCGGAGUGACACGUGUGAAUACUGUGGCAAGGUCUUUAAGAACUGCAGUAACUUAACGGUGCAUCGCCGGAGCCACACAGGAGAGCGGCCUUACAAAUGUGAGCUCUGCAACUAUGCAUGUGCCCAGAGCAGUAAGCUGACACGUCAUAUGAAAACGCAUGGCCAGAUAGGGAAGGAGGUCUACCGCUGCGACAUUUGCCAGAUGCCCUUCAGUGUUUACAGCACCCUGGAGAAACACAUGAAAAAGUGGCAUGGCGAACACUUGCUGACAAAUGAUGUAAAAAUUGAGCAGGCAGAAAGAAGUUAAACCCCCCACCCCCAACUGGCUUAAAAGCAGGGGUCUAGGUAACAUUUAAAUUGUACAGUUUAACUAUUGCCAAUUGAGAAAAGCUGACCUAACUUGCCUCCAUAAACAUAUCUUAGUGUAACUAUGGCAGGUGCCAGAAUUUGGCACUUAAAUAUAACCUGUGUCUACAAAGUUCUAUUAAAUCUGAGGAUUGGUUAAGGCAGUAAAAAUUGUGAAGCCUUUUAACUGUGCAAUAAUUUCUGUAUUUAUUGGGUUUUUUUGUUUAUGUUUUGGCAUGUGCAGGUACUUUUUUAAUACUUUUUUAUUUUAGAUUUCCUUUAAAAUUUUGUUGGGUAUCCCAUUCUAGUUUUCCCCAAUAGUAACCUGAGAUUCUUUGCAUUACAAGGGGAGAUACAUAUCAAUUUAAAUUAUAAUUUUAGAGGGCCGUUGCUUUGUUGAAUCUUACGCUGAGUAUGUGUAAUUUCUUGUGAAGAAGCCAACAUUUUAUGUUUUUGUUGUUGUUGUUGUCCUUUAAAAAGAAAAAAAAAAGCAUUUGAGAAUUAGAAAAUAUUAAAUAGUGUCGCGGAUAACAAUCUUAAAAUUUUAGCACUUUCUUUUGGAUUUGGAUUUAAAAAUUAGCACUGAUGAUGCCACUUAAAAUAGAGGCCUUUAUUUAAAAUAUUAUUUUUAACAGAUUCUAAAAUAAACAUUUUGAGAAAUAAAAAAAUGGGCACCAAAUUUUCUAAAGGCAGCUAUAAUAACAAAAGCAAUAGCAAAAUUUGUGCAUUAUUUUUAGAGAAUUUGUUUAAAUGCCUUAUCCAUUUUCUUUUCUGCCAUUUUUGUUACACAGUUUAUUAAAUAAGGAGAAACCCAGGGUCCUGAGAGCUUCAUUGCCAAUCUUAGGAAGCAAAACAGAAAGAAAUGCUUGAUUUUUUUUUUGCAGGCAUGCCACUUAUCCUUGUUCACAUUACACAUUAUGCACACGGUAAUUUUCACUUGAUAACCCGAAUAUGUACAUUUACAGUAACUGACCAUUCCAUAUCAAUAUGCAGCAAAAGACUAGUGAGUGCUUUAACUGAAGAGUAGUUUAAUUAGUAAACUUGUGUGAGUAUAUGUGUGCAUUAAGAAAUGCAUACACAAUAUGAGUAAAAUGAUGUUUUGAUUAUGCCAUUCAUUGAAAAACCAUCAAAUCAGGUUAAAUCUGCAUAAAUUUGCUUAGGAGUAAACAAAACCUCUGAAGAAAAAGAUACAUUUUUGUUUUAGAAUAUGUUGCAGUAGGUGUUCAUUUUAGAGGAGUCAUUCCAUGUGUGUGAAAUGAAGGGGUGCAUAGUGCACGCUCUGUGUGCAAAAAGUUCCCAGUCAUUUUUUUUUUUUACAUCCUCAGGCUGGGGUAGGAAACACCCAUUUCUGAAAUUCUGCAAAGUAUUGUUCAUGUGUUUGGCAAUUCCAAACUGGACAAAUUAACUAGCUAUCAGACAGCUUGUUUUAAUAGUUAGGAAAAAAUGCUUUCUCUUAUAUGAUGUUUACUAUUAGCAUUUUAUAAUUAUAUUAGUUGACUAACAAAAAAAGUUGCCUAAUUAAUCAUAGAUUUCUUUAUUUACUUACUGUAUAAUCGUACUGUAUACUGAGAAUAUUGUUCGGAGAGUGAGCCCUGUUAAAGAUCAUGAAUAUGCUUUUUAAAGCUGAUUAAUCAAUUAAAGACUGCUGCUCUAAAUCUUAAAUCACUAUCAUAUCACGAACUUUUUCUAAACGUUGUACUGAUUAAAUAGAUAUUAUUUAAUUAUAAAAUAGGUUAAUCCUUUUUCUCUAGUUUAUUCUAAUAAUUCUUUUGAAAAGAAAUUCCACACAAUUUUAACACUUUGCAACCUUCAAUGCAAAGAAUUGGAUGCCAGCUAAUUAGCUAAUGUAAAAACAUGUAUCUUAAACAAGAUGGAUGACAAACAGAAUUUUAUAGUGUACCUAUGUCAGUGGAAAACUAGAUAUUUCACUUGAAACGUAAUAUGCCAUGCUAGGAACUGAAUAAAGAAAAAAACAGGAAUAAACCAUCUCAAUCACAAAUAGAAGUUAUAUCAUGUAGUCCUUUCCCCAAGGAUUAGUUUUUGGGACCAGUAUUUUUAAAUUUAUUCAUAAAUGAUUUAAAUUAGGGCUGAGCAGCUAGUGGCCAAUUUGCUGAUGACAUUUCAUUAUUUUAGGUGGUUAAAACAACAGAUUGCAAAGAGCUCUAAUAGAACUCUUUUCAAACUGCAUAACUGGGCAUUAAGAAGGUCAUUGCAGUUCAGAAUAAAAAGUAUAUUACCAUGUACUUUUAUUCCUAAUUUCAUCAGUAUUUUUUUAAGGUCUAGCUGGCACAGAUACACCCAGAAAUGGAUUUUACAAAUAGUUAUAGUUAGUUUAAAGAUAACAUUGAAGUAGUGUAUAGUUCUUAUAAAAACAACAACAGUAAAAGUGUUACUCCACAGUAGGAAUCAUCAGAAAGGAAUACAAAUAAAUACAUUUCCGGAUACUAUAUCUUUAUAAAGAUAUAUACAAUAGUUAUAUUCAUGAUGUAAUCACACUCAGAUAUGUGUAUGUUUCUGGCCACAGCAUCUCAAAAAAAAAAACCCCAUACUGGAAAAUGUGCAUGAAAGGCAACAAAAUUAUCAAGGGGCAAGAGCAAUUGCUUUGUGAGGAAACAUUACAUCUGGGACUUUUUAGCUUAGAUAAAAACAAGUAGCUUGGGAGAAAACAAACAUGUAUAAAAUUAUGCCUACUGUGGAGAAGCUUUUCUUUCAGUUAUUAGAAUCAGGAUUAUCCAGUAAAGUUUAAUGUUGUGAGAUUCAGUAUAAAUUAAAUUUGCUGUUGCACACUAUAACGAUUUUCCCUCCCUUCCAAUUUUUAUGCCAAGUGAUUUAGAUAUUUGGUGUACGAUUUCUUUAUCCAUAACCAGUAGACACGAUGGCCAUACAUUAUUUCCUGAAUCAAAGAUGGUACUCUUCAAAACACCAGUUUCUGUGGAAUAUAAGAGGUGCAAUGAGGUUCAUGUCUUAAAAAUAGAAUUCCCAACAAUAUUUAGUUGCACUCUGUAAGAAAAGAGAUCAGGAUUAGUCAGGACUUUUCGGUAUGAUCCUUAUGUGAUUUAAUUUAUUACUUGUUUUCUCUAAUUGAGGAGAAUCAUAUUUGGAAAUUACGUUAAGGCAAGGUAUAGUUAAUGUGGUAAUAAGGGACUGCCAGUGUCAUUAGAGUACUCUGAAUCCCUGGGUGUAGGAAAAACAGAAGAAUAUGACGUCACUGAUUUCAAAACAUAUAUCUCCAGAACAUGAAUGUAAUAUUACCCCUUUGGUUUAAUCUUAGGAAUAGUUCUUUAUCUGUUUGAAAUAUGGCGAUUUUGCCUGCUUCAGUUACUGUUCCAAGAAUUUCAUCCAUCCAGAGUCACUAGUUUGAGUUAGGCAGCUAUACGGAUUGAAUGAAUGACUUAAUUGAAUGAAUAAAUAAAUAUAUCUCCAAACUCAAUUUCCAAUAUUUCUAUAAAUUACACAGACAUUUACAGCUUCAUUGUAGGAUCCUUUAAUUUUUCUUUGGGCAUUAUCCUCUAUGUUGCUGUAAUUGUAUGGCGUAUAAGCAGGGCCAUGGCUGGUGUUCUCAUACUCUCUGUAAGUUAUGGAAACACUUCUUGAACAUGCUGUGUUCAGACAGGAUCAAUGUAAGAUUCUGGAACCCUGGUGAACAGAUUUGAAAGGUGCCUUUAUAUAUAUGCAUUUUCAUCACUUGGAAUGCCUGUGAAUUACAUGAGAAUCUACAGAGAUCUCAUGAAAACAGCUGAAGCCUUCCUCAGGCUCCUAAGAUAAUGCUUAAAUUGGGCUCAUAUUUAAAAUUCAUCUCCCUUUGAAAUGGCCAACUUAAAAGAACAACUGAAUAAAUGAUAAGAUUAUAUGUCCCCCUAACUUUGCCCAGUAUUUAGCAGAUACCAACUAGCAUAACAUCCAACACCCUAAUAGUUGCCUUAGAAACAGCCUACCAGCCACAUAUGGUAGUUCACCAAAGGCUUCCUGUUUUGGCUGCUUGCCGGAGAUACAGAAGCAGAGAUUUUCAAGUACCUGGCAGGCCCCUAUAUUGCUGGUGAUUUGUAGUCAGCUUGUACAGAUUUCUAACUAAUGGCAUGCUGAAGCCAAUACAUAAGACUGCUAAUCAUCACAGUUAAACACUCAUGGGAACACUUGUAAGAAUAUUAGACCCUGAGAUUAGAAUGUAAACAGCAUUUUCCUUUAAAAAAUUGCUCUUGUAUGGUUGCAUAAAACAUGACACAACUCUUCAGACAAUCUUCAUAGUUUUUAAACUAGUUCAAAACACAAGUGGACACAAGGCUCCCCAUAUUAGUGAAAGUUUAACUUUUGAUUGGCCCACAGGUAUAUUUGCACUGGCUUAUGUGGCUAGCAACUUUACAUUAAAUGUAGCAAUGCUUUUAUUGUUGCUAUGGUCAUUUAAUCAAAAUGUUUCUUAAGAAACACUUAAUAAAUGUUUCUUAAGAAAACUUAAGUCUGAUAGUAAACCUUUUAAUUGGAUCUCAGUAGUAAGCUCAUACCCAACAAUGAUAGACCUAUUAGGUACAUCAACUAUUAUAUAAGGAGCAAUUGAACUGAUGAGGCAGUUUUUUUCAUUAACAUUCUCAUAUAAUGCACAGUUAUGUUAUUGCAAGGAAAAUAGGUCAACAACCAGUCUUUUAGGUGGGUGCCAUUACGACAACUUGUAAAAAUUAAAUUUGUUAGGAAGGUUUUAAAUUUUGCAACCUUUCAAAUGGUACUAAAAUGAAAGGUGCUUGAUUUCACUAAACUUUUGAGUUUGAAAUUGCAGAUCUGAGUCCUUUAAAGCAAAAUGUAAAAUACAAUUUCUUCAUAAAUUCUGAAUUUAUACAGUUAUACAAAGCUCUUCUUAAUGUCUGAAAUUAAAACUUUCUUAAGAACUCUGCCAUUCUAAAUAAGGUGUUUUGGGCUUAUACAUUUUUUAAUUUAGCUUUUUUUUAAAAAAAACAUUGUUUUUGUACAUUUGUUUUGCCACAAACAUUUCAGUCCCAUUUUACACAUUGCAUAGUCAUUGGAGAUUCUUCAUAUAUAUUAAAUCUUUUUUCAAAUUAAAUUGUAAAUGGUAAAUAGAGGUUCUUUCAAUGGGAGUUGCUGAAAUGUUCCCUGAAUUACUGAAGUCACUAACCGCUUCGUUGUUACUUCUGUUUGAAUAUUUUAUUGAAAACCCUUUUAAUUCGGAACCUUCAUUUGGUAAAUAACAUUGAUUUGAAGAAGAAAAUAUAUUGUAGUGUUUAUUCACUUGCUUUGCUUUUCUGUUUCUAGUUCCAUGGUUCUUCUGAGGGAAGCAUGGACAGUGGCUAGAAGAGAUAGAGGCUCUUCUUCAUUUUCUUCUCCUCAACUUGAGUAUUUUGACUGAGAGCAAAGCCUAAUUUCUUUAACUGACAUGUUAAUUGAUCAGACGUGGAACAAUAUGCUUUCCCUUAUUUACAAAGAUCCUUUCAUCCUGACAUAUAAUACUUUUUGCGAGUUAUUAUAGCUCUAAUUCUUUGCUGUUCUUUUAGCCUUUCAGAUCAGAACAGGUGCCCUAAGCUGAAAUGUCAAUCUUUAUCUGUUUGUAUAUGUUUGUGUGCUUUUGAUGUAGUGGUUAAGUCAUCAGGCUAGAAACCAGGAGACUGUGAGUUCUAGUCAUGCUUUAGACACAAAGCUGGCUAAGUUAUCUUGACUAGUCACUUUCUCUCAAUCCUAGGAAGGAGACAGUGGCAAACCACUUAUGAGAAACUUUGCCAAGAAAACUUGCAGGCAGUCUCCAAGAAUUGACAUAUUGGAUGGAAGCAAAAACAAAACACACGUGAACACACAUAUCCAUAUACAAAUCUUUGUAACCUAAGACUUUCUAGGUAAUAAUUUGAAAACCCCUGAUAUAGUUAGUAUACAUUAUUAUAAAAUUUACAUUUUGAUUCUGUUGACCCGCACUUUAAAGCUAUUUUUUUUUUGUUUAUUUGUUUGCAUUGAAGACCAGUGGCUUCUAAACAAGAAAUUACAGCAUUUUUGUCUUUGCUUGGCCCAGAGAUGGGUGAACUAUUAAAGGGGGACAUCUGAGAUUAAGUGUCAGUGUUGCUAAGCAUGGCAUUCACAAUACUGGCACUAUAAAAAACUAAUAAUAAUUUAUUGGACAGUUUUUUUACUGCCAUUUCAAUUUGAUGUGAGUGCCUUGAAAACUGAUCUUCCUAUUUCAGUCUCUUGAGACACAUGCAAACAAUUUUUGUGAAAUGAAAAGACUUUUCAGAAAAGAUAGAACAAGAAAGGUAUGUUCUUUAGAUGAAAAAACAAAGAGCCACAUUUACAUUUUUAAAAAAAAGCCUGGUUGAAGAUAGUGGACAUGAAACUGCCAUAAGACCCAAUCAAAUGAAGAUGUAUAUCCAGCACAACUUCGGACAUCCAUUUGCUGAAUUAUUCUCAGCCUUUCUCUUUUUUUUCAGGACAACGCUGCUUAGGAAAUGGAAUGGAAAUGAUUUACUGCUGAAUUAAAACUCAAAUGACACAAAUUGCAAGUUGUUAUCAUUGAAUGAAAAAUAAUUCAGGAACAACGGCUAAUUUUUUAAAAAGUUAAAUUUAGUGCACUCUGUCUUAAAAUACGUUUACAGUAUUGAAUACAUACAAGGGUAAAAAAAUGUGUGUAUGUGUGUUUGAGCAAUCUUUUUUUUUUUCAAAGUUUGCUUAAUAGGUUAUUAAAAAUGCCAUAAUGGCCAUGUGUAUAUUGUUUUCUUUUGGUGACGGGGUUUUAGUAUAUAUUAUAUAUAUUAAAAUUUCUUGAUUACUGUAAAAGUGGACCAGUAUUUGUAAUAAUGGAGAAUGCCUGGGCAUUUUACAAAACCAGAAAGAAAAAAAAAACUUUUCUCUUUUUUCCUUGAAAAUGUUGCAGUAAAAUUUAAAUGGUGGGUCUAUAAAAUUUGUUCUUGUCACUGUAACUGUAAAGUCUGAGUUUUAGUAUUUUUUUUUCUGCCUUGGGUGUUGAAUUUUUAUUUCAAGAAAAAAUGUAUAGAAACUUGUAUUUGGGGAUUAAAAGGUGACUGCUACACCAUGUAGAAAAAGUACGUAGAAAAAAAUGCUUAAUAUUGUUAUUGCUUUGCAGAUUAAAAAAAAAAAAUCACAUUUCUGACCUGUACCUAUUUUUAUCUCCUCCUCCCUUCCCCACCUUCUCCCUUCCUUCUUCUUCUGGAAUGAAUAUUGAUAUUGGUUGAUUCAUAUAAUGUAGGCACUUGCUGUAUUUUUACUGGAACUUGUAAUUUUUUAACUGUACGCUUGUCCUUUUAAAGGGAUUUAAUGUACUUUUUUGUUAGUGAAUUUGGAAAUAAAAAUAAAAACAAACAAACAGGCUGCCAUAAUAUAUUUUUUUAAUUUGGCAGGAUAAAAUAGUAAAAAAAUUUGUAUGUCAAGACCUUAUUGUACAGAAGAAGGUAAAGUAAAACGGUUGUUUGACAACCUGUGGGUAAAAGAAAAACCAAUUAUUAUUUUUAAUUAUUGGAGGGUGCGAUAGGGGUAUUAAAUUUUGUUUCAUUUAAAUUUUUUGUUCACUAUUUUAGUUGUGUGCAUGUGUAUAUAUAUAUGUAUAUAUAUAUAUAUAAAUAUAUAUAUAUAUAAAUAUUUUUUUCUGUCAGAAAUGGCCUACAAAAAAACUGCUUGUUCCUUCAAGGCAGUAAUAACUUUGAAGCUGCCUGGACCCCUUGUAUCAAGGCCUUCCCAGGUAUAGUUGAACUAGGUGGUUGGCUGUUGUCUGUUGUUAGAAGAAAUUUCAUUUUUGUGAACUUGUUUGACUUAACAUUCCACAAUUCCCCUCACCCCAAAGGGAGGUGACUUUUUCCUAGCAAAUGUAAACUUUCUAGCUACGUUCCAUCAAACAUAUAUGUGUGUUUAAGGUAUCCAGCGAUACUGAAUUAGAUGGCACUGCAUCUCCUGAGAGAUGAAAUGGUCUGUAUGCUGUCCUUCUCUCAUCAUUGAACAGAUGGUAGUACUCUGUGUCAACUGUGGGUUAAGGGAAUGCGUAAUCAGACCUCAACUCACCCAACAGUGCAAGGUUUUCUACUAUGUAAAGCCGCCUUCCUUCAGAGAGGCCUGAUAUGGAGACUUUAUGGGAUCAGGGUACCUGUUUAUUUCCACCUUCUACCCUAUUCUCUUCACAGCUUUCAGGUGAAGUCAUUUUAAAAGGGAAAAAAGAAGAAAGAGCAGCAUUCUGUUGAGUACAACUGUGAAUUGCAGUGGAGUAAAAAUUGGUCCAGGCACAUCCUAAUUUUCACCUUUCUGUAAGAAAGGGACCAUUGUAUAGGUUUUGCCAGUCUAUGUUCUUUUGUCUGCUUUGCUGCUACUGUUGACUCCUAAUUGUACAUUCCAUAAAUUUUACAAAUAUUUGAAGGACUAGGAUGAAAUUCUGUACUUGUUUUACUGACUAAGUAAUCUUUCCCCUCCAUCUUUUAUUUUAUUUGGGUGGAGUAAGGCAGGGAGAAAUUGCUGAAGUCUGAUGAAAAAGGUACUGAUAAGUUUACCUAAGAGGGUUCUGAUAAUGUUAUAGGGGAAAAAUCAUUGAGAAAAACUGAUCAAAAAAACAAAACACAGAUUAAGAUCUAAAAUGUCUCAGUCAUGAAGAGGGCUUUUCCUGACCAUGGAAUGUUUUUUUGUGCAGUGGAGAGAUACUACUUUGGGAAAGAUAGAUCUUCAUUCAUUCUCCUUUCCCAGCAGUCUUAUCCUCUUUCCAAUUUCUUCCAUCCCUGAGAACAUUUUUUGCUAAAUUUAGUGGCAGCAAACAACAACAAUAACAAAUAGGUGAGGGUCUCAUUCUCAGUGUAAAUGUCAAAAUGUAACUCUCUUCAAGAAAUGCUACGGUCAGGAAAAGAAGAUGCAUCUAACCUACUCCAUCUCUUCCGAAUUAAGGAUAAAGUAAUGCUGGAAGAAAAAUCCAUUGUGGAAAGGCAGUUUACUGGAUGUAUCUCUAAUGAACUUCAAAUAGCAGAUAAUAAAUUUAACUUCUUAAAGGCAUAUUCCACAGUAUUUUAUGCAUUUGACUUUUCCUUAAUUGGGAUAUGGAUGGUGAAUUCUUCUGGAAAAUUUUUGGUCAAAAUUCAGGAGUAUAAUUUUUAUUCCAAGAUGCUAGUUUCACCUUAUUCUGUAAUCAAUUGAAUUCAAGAUCUGUCACUUAGGCUCUUUUUCAUUGUAGAUGAAUUGAAUUCUGAACCACCAGCAGUUGUGAUUUGAAUACCUGAGAAUACAGUAUCUGGUAUUCUAAAGCACAAAUGUUAUAUUCAGUGAAACUAUCAGGACUUCUUUUCUGCUUUUAGGAUUCCAGUUUUACAAGGCACAAUGUGAUAGGCAUAUCCUAGUUAUCUCUGCUGUUACAAUUGAAAAAUAAAUUUUGUUUAAGUCAAAAUUAUUCCAUACUGUAUUUCAAGCCUGUCCCACACUUGUUAAAAUUCAUUCACAGAGCAUUUCUGGAGUGACUUUUUUAAAAAAAUAAAAGGAUCUAAAAUAAAAAAUAAGUUGUACUUUUUUAUACUGCCAUGACUUCAGCAUUUCAUCCUAGUCCUGAUCACAGUCCAAGGUUUUAUUUUCACAGGCAUACUCAUUUUAUGGUGCUCUUUGUAUUAGAAUUGCAAAGCAAAGUAUUGUUGAUUUCAGUUGUUUGCAUUUGUACCAGCAAGUAAACUAUUUUUAUUACCUUUUUCUAUUUCUUAUUGUAUGAGCUUUUGUUGUUUACUUGGAGGUUUUGUCUUUUACAACAAGUUUGGAACUAUUUAUUAUUGCUUGGUAUUUGUGCUCCAUUUAAAAAAACAGGAGCACAUUUUCUAUUAUGGAUACACAUGUUGAGAUGGCAGGAUGUCAUUUCAAUAUCACUUAGUAAAAUAUUUAUUGUUCCUUUUAUUCUCUGUACAAGACUUUUGGCCUCUUUUCUCCCCUUACUGUCAUAUUGUUGAGUUCAGCAUGUGUCUACCAUUUCAUUUGUACACUCAUUCAAAACAACGUUUGUUCCAGUUUCAAGUUAUAAAAAAUAAUAAAUUGGACAUUUGACAUGAUCUCCAAA